UUCCUUGCUACGGUAUGGAUAAAUGAUAAUGAAGCUAACGUCCAAUAGACUCUAAUACUCAGCACUAUAUGCUAUCUAUGCUUUAGGUACCUAGCAGGUAUGUACUUAAGACAAGGGGGGCAGAAAAUAAGACCGGUAAAAUAGGUAAAAUACGAGCUGAGAAGUCACGACAUAAGAGGUAGGGAACCUAAUGUGGGAGCACCAAAGGCUAUGAAAUAUCAGCAGCCUAUCUAACUCUCAAGGACCUAACUCAUACGCCUUUAGGCAUGACUAUAAGGGUACUUAAGAUAAGGUCUGCCUUUCCUACACGUAUGAUAGAGCUGUCGACUUGACGAGGCAGCGACGUCAGUUCAUUAACUUAGGAGGGUAACAUCGAAGUCCAAAAAUACGUCUCGGCUAACAUUUCGAAUUACUAUUCCGAGAGAGCGUUUAAGCUCAUUUUAUCACUCAACCAGACUCUAAUAUAGGAAGGUACCUGAUGCAAUGUAUUGUCUACGACGUUUUCUCAAUUUGCUGCAUGUAAUUCUCCGAAACGCCGCACAUUUUGAAAUCACGCGCCGGAUGCCAACUCACUAAAAUAUUUGAAAAAAAGCCUACAACUACCUAAGGUAUAUCGGCGAUUCCUCGCGCAAACAGGAGACUAAGUUGACUCUUCACAUAUUACUCUAAUCUUCGCAGUCAUGCAGGGAGAUGUCGAAAAUGUCGAUGUGCUCAUCGUCGGAGCGGGCCCCGUGGGCCUUAUCACGGCGUUCCAACUUGCCAAAUUCGGCGGUGUCUCCGUCCGAAUCGUCGAGAAACAUGCCAAGUCUGAACAGGAUUCAUAUGGCCGUGCUAUUACCCUUUUUCCUCGGACGGCGGAGAUGCUUGACCAGCUAGGUCUUGCCGAUGAGCUACUACAACAUUGUUUUGCUUGUCGUAAUACGGUAACCUACAAUGCCGAGGGUGAAGAGGUCGACGGCCGGGGGUGGAGUUUCAUGAAACACAUGAAAGAUACCACAUUCGAUUUCUCCCUUGUCCUGAGACAAAAGUUCCAGGAAGAGAUAUUUAGAAACGCAUUGAGGCAACAUGACGUACACGUGUCGGCACCGAUCGAGUUAAUAACAGCUUCGGUGGACACCAAUAUCCCUACCGGAAAUCACAAGGUAACGGCAGUUCUUCUAAACCACCGCAGUGGAGCCACUGAAAUUGUGAAAUGUAAGUACUUGAUUGGUUGUGAUGGAGGACGCUCAUCUGUCCGACGUAUCUUCAACAUUACCUUCGAAGGCUCCAUUAGCGAAGACAAAUGGGUGAGGAUAGAUGGCCAGGUGAAAACUAAUCUACCUAAACCUCGUUCCUAUUGCUCAAUCGAAUCCCCAACGCAUGGCAAUGUACUCUGGGCUGCUCUGGAUCAUGGAUCUACAAGGAUCGGCUACGCAUUUACUGCAGACCGGGCUAACGGAUAUGAAGAAUUUGACGAGGCCGCUGCCGUUAAGGAGGCUAUUGCUGCAGUGAAACCCUUUCAGCUUGAGUUCGAGCAUGUUGACUGGUGGACGAUAUACACAGUGGGACAACGUAUAGCGAAAUCCUUCUUCGUCGAAGGUUGUAUCUUUCUCGCUGGAGAUGCCUGUCACACCCACUCGUCGGCCGCUGCGCAAGGAAUGAACACUGGCAUCCACGAUGCUGUGAACCUGGCUUGGAAACUGAGUCUCGUUCUCCGCCGAUAUGCGAGGCCAGAUCUUCUUGAGACGUAUCAUAUGGAGCGAUUCCAAAAUAUAGCAAAACUCAUUGAAUACGACAAGGAUAUCAGUCAGCUUAUGUCAAAUCAUCUACCCGAGAAAUGGCGAAAUGAUCCAGAUGCUGAUGUCAAUGUGAUUCUGGCCAAGAUCUUAGAGGAGGUUGGGACUUUUACCAGCGGACUAGGGAUUUCCUACGAGGUUCGAAAAGAUAAUCCCAUAAACGUUGAAGGUCCGUUUUGCGGUAAUCACUCGCUGGUAAAACCAGGCAUGAGAGGUCCAGAUAUUACGCUCCUACGUCCGGGAACGUUUGAGCCCACGAGACUGAUCCGUGAACUGCCCAAUACCUCGCGCUUCAGUGUGCUAAUUUUCGCGGCGGAACGUCAACCGCCUAUUCCAAAGGUGCUCUACGACGAUAUAACCUGCUCGCUAGCCCUAGAACGACCCGUUCUUAUGAGCCAUUUGAGAUUCGUAACGAUUCUCCCUAAACCAAUGUCCUCGCCGUAUGAGGUCCUAGGAUGCGAGCCCAUCGGGCGUGCUUAUUUUGAUGAAAAGGACGGCGCUGCAUAUCGUCGAUAUGGAAUAGAAUCGCCGCGGGGGGCAAUCGUAGUGCUAAGACCGGACGGCUGGAUCGGUACGAUGAUUGAGUUGGGAGAUAGAGCUGCUUGGGAGCUGGAAAGCUAUUUUGACAAGAUUCUUCUCUAUCGCUCAGUCUAAGGUUAUAAUGAUGUUUUUUCCCGUUUUAUUUUUGGGCUUCGCCUUUGAUGGUGUUGCAGUGUGUCGU